CAUGGCGGCUUGUGUAGAUUUAGCGACCAGGUGCUCCUCUUUAGUUAGCAGCUAUACAUUGAGAAGGACUUAUACCCGAACUGAACUUAUCACCGUCAAACAACACUGGACCGGCUGGACCCCGGAAGGGUUUGACUUGUUCCCGGAGAGAAUACACCGGCGAGAACGGACAGAGAGGAGGCGAUGGUGGCGCUGCAAAAGACGCCUGAAGCGGGGCAAACGAGCCAGCAUUAGAGCUAGGCUAACCAAGACCCCACAAACCAGCAGUUCCAAGUGUUUUUCUCGCCAACGUCCGUUCCCUGGCCAACAAGAUGGACGAGAUUAAACUACGGGACGUUAACAACCGGAUAGACAUCAUGGUGAUAAUGGAGACUUGGCUGCAUGAAAACAUCCCGGACCUAGCUGUGGAGCUAGCAGGUCGUACAAUCUUCUGGGCGGACCGCACAUCAGACUCGGGUAUGGAGGUUGACGGAGACGUGGGUUAUAACACAUAAGAACGAGCUGAGGAUCAUGGGAGUCUGUGGGAGAUGCAGAUUUGGACCUGACGCCACUGAAAAAAGUUCUUAACUGCUCAGCUUUAUGCUUCGGCUGUAUUCUGCCUCACUUUGGAUUAAAAAAAAAAUACUGAAUAAAUGUAAAUGCUGAUCUAAAUAUGCAAUGCUAAUUGUGCGUAAAGGUAAAGCAAAGGUCAGUCUGAAUAUUUAUGUGAUGCAUCUAAAUGUGUACAGCUUCACAGGACUUUCUCAGAUUUUUUUUUUCUCCAUAAAACCUCAAGAAUGACAUGAACCACAUUAAUUUAAUUGCGAAUAAAUUUGCGAUCGUUCUUGCACUUUGCCUUCCAAGUGGUCAAAGUUUCAGGAGUGUAUUUGCAACCAGGACCAGAUGGAAGUUCAUAGAGUACAGUAUAUAAGAUUUUCCAUUAUAAAAUUACAUUUUCAGACAGCAUUGAGCAAAAAAACCCACCCGCCUGUUGGAUUUUUAUUCUGCGCCGGAUUGAAUUUUACUCCCCCCCCCAUCUUCUUCUCUAUCAAGCAGGGAAAGAGGUUUUGCUCCCUGCCAGUCACUUCUGAUAUCUCACACCUGAUCUUGCACAACUUCUCUCUCUCUCUCUCUCAAUUUCUCUUUCUUUGCCCAUCUCUAUUUCCCUCAUCAGUAUCUCUGGAUCCCUCUGUCUCUGACGAUGAUGACGACGAUGUGACCCUGGCGAGACUGUGAUUGCAGCUCAGGCUGGAGCACCACAGGGACGCAGGAACACUCUGGCACACACUGUUGCCAGGCAACCAGAAUACUUCACCUCCUAUGGAUGUAGCAGAAGUCUACCAGCACACCCUUCCACUCCAUUCCCAGAUUUCCGUGUCUCAGCCCCUAGCCACGAUUUUCCAGCCGCUUUCUGGAAUGGACACCCCGGCACCCUAUGAUGGAGAGUAAUGUCACCCAAGGGGAUUCAGCCUGCAGUGUGCAAUUUUCUAUGUGGACCUGGAGGAGCCCAAGCCUCCAGAACCUGCCUGGAUCAGUUGCAUGAUUAGCUGGCUCAUGGGACAAGCAUGCCAAUGGGCUGAUUACCUCGUAAGAGUAGAACACCCUUGCCUACAAAGCUUCCACAUGUUUCAUGUUAUGCUAUGGUUCCUGUAUGAGACUGGCAAAUUAGAGAAAGAGGACCCCCAUGAAAUUCUGUGGGAGGGGGCUACCAUGUCAGAGGCCAAUGCAGCGGCAGCAGCGGAGGCCAUUGCUCCUGAGCUCCUUACAGAGACCAAUGCAGUGCCAGUGGAGGAGGCCAUCGCUCCAGAGCCAGUCCCACAGCCUGUUCCACAGUCAAUCCCAGAGCCAAUCCCAGAGCCAUUGCCAGAGUUAGUGCCCAAACCAGAAUCAGACCCAGUUCCAGAACUGGCACCAGAGGCCAACGGGGCAGCCUCUGCCCCAGACCAUGAUGAAGACGUCAUCGUCCCGCUGCCACCCAGCUAUAAAGAUGUUAUCAUCCCGCCACCACCCAGCUAUGAAGACAUUGUCAUCCUGCUGCUGCCCGGCUAUGAAGAUGUCAUCGUCCCACCACCACCCGGCUAUGAAGACAUCGUCAUCCCGCCGCCGGGUCCUGACUAGGACAAGAGUGGUGGAGCCUAUGACAAGUCCAGAACCCAAGUCUGGUCAAAUGCUUGAGCCCAUGUCUAGUCCAGUGCUCGAGCCAAUAUCUAGUCUGAAGCCCCAGCCUGGUCCAGAGCUCAAGCCCAUGUCCAGUCUGGAACCUAAGUCCUGUCCUGAGUUUGAGUUCAUUUCCUGUCCAGAGCUUGAACCCACAUCCUGUCCAGAACCCAAUUCCUGUCCUGAGCCCGAGCCCAUGUCCAGUCAAAAGUCCAAGUCAUAUCCAGAGCUCAAGCCCAUAACCAGUCCAGAACCCAAAUCCGGUCCAGAGCUCAAGCACAUGUCCAGUCAAGAACUCAAGCCCAAGUCCUGUCCAGAGCUUGAACCCAUGCCUGUGUCCAGUCCAGAGUCUACAUCCCAUCCAGAGCUUGAGUCAAGUCAAGUUUAUUUGUAUAGCACUUUUAACAAUAAACAUUGUCGCAAAGCAGCUUUACAGAAUUUGAAUGACUUAAAAUAUGAGCUAAUUUUAUCCCCAAUCUAUCCCCAAUGAGCAUGCCUGUGGCGAUGGUGGCAAGGAAAAACUCCCUCAGAUGACACGAGGAAGAAACCUCGAGAGGAACCAGACUCAAAAGGGAACCCAUCCCCAUCCAGGCAACAACAGACAACAUGACGAUAACAUUAACAGGCCUAACAAAGUCAGCUUCGUUGAUGCUAUAAACCCCCCACCAAUGGAAACCCAAGUGCAAAACCGUUCACGACAACCGCAGUCCAAAAGUCAGCAAGUCAACUGCAGUCCAAAAGUCAGCAAGUCAACUGCAGUCCAAAAGUCAGCAAGUCAACUGCAGUCCUAAAGUCAGCAAGUCAACUGCAGUCCUAAAGUCAGCAAGUCAACUGCAGUCCCCAGCCACAAAAACACCACUGCAAGAGUCCAGAGCGUCCUCCAGGCGUGACCCCCAACUGUCCACAUGGGGCCGCCCUCCACAGGAGUGAUGUGAUGAGACUCCAACCAGACACAGGGCACCAGGAUGGACCAGGCAGGUCCAAGGAGCAGAAGAGGCCAGCAUCUCGAUCCCAGG